GCCUAUUUAUACACCCCCCACCGCCGCAUGCCAUUGCCAUCGACCAGCAUCUCGCGGCGCCAGCCAUUCCUCUCCCACCCCGUCCCGUCCUUUCCUCACUCAUACCACGGCGACGCCCGGGGAGAAGGAGAAGAGGAUGAUGAUGCCCCAGAGCGGCAGCCUCGACCUCGGCCUCAGCCUCGGGCUCACCUCCCAGGGCAGCCUCUCCUCCUCCACCACCUCCGGCGCGCUCUCACCCUGGGCCGCCGCCCUCAGCUCCGUCGUUGGGGACGUGGUGGCGAGGCGGGACGCGCACGCGCAGCAGCAGCACGGCGCCGUCGCCGCGGCGGCGGAUCCCGACCGCGGGGCGAUGCGGGCGUCCACGUCGCCCGACAGCGCCGCGGCGCUCUCCAGCGGCGCCAGCGGGGACAACAAGAGGGAGCGCGAGCUCGAGCGCACCGGCUCCGGCGGCGUACGCAGCGACGAGGAGGACGGCGCGGACGGCGCCGGCGGCCGCAAGAAGCUGCGCCUGUCCAAGGACCAGGCCGCCGUGCUCGAGGAGUGCUUCAAGACGCACAGCACGCUCAACCCCAAGCAGAAGGUCGCCCUGGCCAACCGCCUGGGCCUCCGGCCGCGGCAGGUGGAGGUGUGGUUCCAGAACCGCCGCGCCCGGACCAAGCUCAAGCAGACGGAGGUCGACUGCGAGUACCUCAAGCGCUGGUGCGAGCGCCUCGCCGACGAGAACAAGCGCCUCGAGAAGGAGCUCGCCGACCUCAGGGCACUCAAGGCCGCGCCCUCGCCCGCCGCGCAGCCCGCCUCCCCCGCCGCCACGCUCACAAUGUGCCCGUCCUGCCGCCGCGUCGCCGCCGCGGGCGCACCCGCUAACCACCAGCAGCAAUGCCACCCCAAAUCUAACGCCGCCGCCAACGUGGUGCCCAGCCACUGCCAGUUCUUCCCGGCCGCCGUCGACCGGACAGGGCAGAGCACGUGGAACGCCGCCUCCGCCGCCGCGCCGCUCGUCACCAGAGAGCUGUUCUAAGGUCGAUCGGAUCCAUCGAUCCAUCGAUCUCGCCAUGGCGACGUGAACCAAGUGUGGAAGGCGAUGGAUCGACCGAUGGACGGUUGAUUAGAAGGACAAGCUCCAAUUAGGAUCUCGCAGGUGGUGGCCGCAGUAAUUAAUAUCGAUUAAUCAGGAGAGGAGAUUUUAUUUUUUUCCGUUUCCUUUUUUCUUUUCUUUUCGAUUAAUUCAUCAGUUGGGUUUCUGAAAACGACGACGACGACGAAGAAUGAACAACAAACAAAGAUGGCUGUCUGCUUUUUCCUGGACGGCGUGUAAACCAGUUCACCUAAUCUGAUGGUUGGUGAAAUAACAGCGUGAUUGAUUGUACUAAUUGAUUGGUCAAGAAAGUUAAUGGAAAUCAAAUCUUUACAA